AUGCCCGAAUUGAAUCUGGAGCUAGAUCUUAUUGUGCUGAACUGCACUUUGGCCACUGUUGAAGAAAUUGUGCAAUGCGACAUUAGUGUCAAAGACGAGAAGAUUCACUCAAUUGUCCCACAAGGAUCAUUGACUGGCUCAAAGGCCAAAAAAAUCAUUGAUGCCAAGGGAGCUCUGGUUACGCCAGGAGGAAUCGAUGCCCAUGUUCACCUUCAGGAGCCGCCUCUCUUUGGACUCGGCUCCACUGCAGAUGGCUUCGAGUCUGGCACCCGCUCCGCGAUUGCGGGAGGUACAACAACCAUUGUAGCAUUUGCACCUCAACGGAAGCAUGAAGAGAGUGUUCUCGCAACCCUAGCUAGCGCUCAAGAGCGCGCUCAUGAACAGUGCUACAGCGACUACUCGUUCCAUCUUAUCAUCUCCAACCCAUGCGCAAACACGCUUGCAGAGUUUCCAGCCUUCCGAAAGUUGGGUAUCUCCUCCGUCAAGAUAUACAUGACCUACGAAGCUUUGCGCCUCAACGACGAGCAAUUUUUGGAUGUCUUGUUCCAAUCCCGUCUACACAAGGUCACAACUAUGGUGCAUGCCGAGAAUGACUCUGUGAUUUCGUGGAUGACCAAGAAACUACAUGAGCGCAAUUUGUACGCACCAAGGUACUUUACUGCUUCUCACCCCGCUGCCGCCGAAAUUGAGGCAAGCUACCGUGCAAUCUGUCUUUCCGAGUUUAUUGAUACUCCUAUCUUAAUCGUACAUGUUUCUAAUCCUCGAGCUGUCGAGAACAUUCGACAAGCCCAGGCAAACGGGCUUCCAAUUUAUGCCGAAACUUGUCCUCAAUAUCUAUUUCUCAGCAACGAAAACGUGGAUUUGCCUGGGCUCGAGGGGGCAAAAUGUGUUUGCAGUCCACCGCUGCGCAACAAAUCUGACCAAGAGGCUAUUUGGGCGGGUCUCGAGGACGGGACAUUUACCAUUCUUUCGUCCGACCACUGCCCGUUUAACUUCGAUGCCGCUGGCAAAGGAUCGAGUGUAACCGCAGAACACCCUGAUGGGCAAUUUCACCUGGUUCCCAAUGGAUUAUCUGGAGUCGAGACCCGAAUGCCAUUGGUCCUUUCGGCCGAUCGACUUAAGAUACAAAGAUAUGUGGAGCUGACAUCGACCAACCCGGCCAAAUUGUAUGGCAUGUACCCGAAGAAAGGCGCUCUUAUCCCCUCGGUCAGUGAUGCCGACUUCGUCAUCUGGUACCCCGAAGGGGAUCUUGAUAUGACUAUCACCAACGACAUCCUUCACCACGACGUUGACCACACUCCAUUUGAGGGACACAAGGUAAAGCAGUGGCCGCGCUACACUGUACUUCGUGGACAAGUAGUUUGGGACCGGGAAGAUGGAGGUGUUGUGGGUAGUCGAGGCUAUGGUCAGUUUUUGCAUCGCGCGGAGAGCAUGUUGGCGGGUAGUAGGAGUGAGGGGUCUUGGGACGUUGAGACCGCGUGGGUUUAG